ACAUGGAGACGCGAACAGCCUGAUAUUUAGUUCUCACUGCUGAAGGAGGACAGCACCGCCUUGCAGAAAACACACUUGCUGUGCGUUUCAGAAGCUUUUUAAUGAGAUAAACGGACGGUAUUCAGUUUACGACUGAGGAGAUUUAAAGCUCCAGAAAAGCGCUUUGAUUGUGAGUCACUAUGGGCGGCGUUUCCCGUCUGUGUGCGUCCAGAGGAAAGAAAAAGCUUCCAUAUGGGGGGAGAGAGCUCGGGGCUGCAUGCGGACUCAGGAAAUAAGUCUACUGCAUGCAUUAAUCCGUUUUCACUGCUGGAGAUUUAAUCAACGAUUACAGCAAAGUAUCCACGCUGCUUUUCUCCAGAUAUCACCGGGAUGUGGUGGAGCAUCCGGAGCUAAGUGAUCCAUGAGCAGCGAGCCUCUCCUCCUGGGCUGGAGAAGGGCCAGCAGGUCGGGUCAGCAGGACUAAAUGAAUGGGGAUGUUUUGAGGGAACCGCCUGGGAUCAAACACAAUGAGCGGACAAGUCAAACCGACCCCCUUCAAUAUCACUAAGUUCCCUAACGCUGGCUGGCUUUAGGUUACCCACUUCUAAAUGUCCCGCCUCCCUUUAGGUGAGACAGAGGCACACAAACACUCUGACCUCCACCUGUGUCCAGCGACAUGGAUAAACUCACCGUGAUUUCAGGAUGCCUCUUCCUCGCUGCAGACAUCUUUGCCAUCGCCAGCAUCGCCAACCCGGACUGGAUCAGCACCGGAGAAUCAGCUGGCUCGCUGACUGUGGGCCUGGUCCGGCAGUGCCAGACCAUCCACGGCCGAGUCCGGACCUGCAUCCCCCCGCAGCUGCCCCCAGAGUGGAUCACAACGCUCUUCUUCAUCAUCCUGGGCAUCAUCUCCUUAACUGUCACCUGUGGUCUGCUGGUGAUGUCACGCUGGCGCCGCGAGGCCGCCCGAUACGCCCGGUGGAUCGCCUUCACAGGGAUGGUCCUGUUCUGCAUGGCCGCUCUCAUUUUCCCCAUCGGCUUCUACAUCAACGAGGUUGGAGGACAGCCAUAUAAGCUCCCCAACAACACGGUGGUGGGCUCCUCCUACGUACUCUUUGUCAUGUCCAUAUUCUUCACCAUUGUGGGACUGCUGUUUGCCGGGAAGGUAUGCCUGCCCGGCUGACCUCCUCCUCUUUUUGUACCUUUGGAGAAACACCACCACUGGAGGCAGAUUUUAUGACUCUCCUGCGACAGUGUUGGGAGUAUCGUUGAAGUAGAACAAAACUGAGAGGUCACGAUACGUCACGUUGCUCAUAAAUGGAGCCAAGAUCAUCACGCUCCGAUCAGUCGAUCUGCUGGUCUGAAAUGGCUUCCAUCAUCUUCCGAACUAUUGAGAGUGAAGUGGAGAAUAUUAAAAACAACAUGAUGAAAACAUCUGAACUUUUAAUGGAGCCAUCUUAAGAUAAAUGGCAGGUAAUGGUUUCUUUGUCAUUCCAUGUUGUUUUGAUGCUGGCCAAAGCACCAAAUAUUGGCCAGUCCCCUCCAAUCCAAUGGAGGUUCAAUCACCCAUAACCAUCUGUAAUAUAGACAACAAAGUUCCACUAUCUUGGCACAUUUUAUUUAUUUCUUUAACUGUUCAGUUAUGUUUUUUUGUAAAGGUAUUUUUUAUUAAAAGGCCUAAUGUAUGCCAGAGUUUCCCUGCCGUUAAUAUGUGUGGUGGAUCACUUUGCCUUAAAGAGCUGUUAACCUUAAAAUAACUAUGAUAUUGUUAAGUUGUAGUGGAUUCAUUUUUAAAUUCUGGCUACAUGAAAUGAUUUAGCAUAAAACUGGAAUGUAAAAUGGUCCGGACUCUAAGAAGCUGUUGAGAUCGGAUCAGUGGUGGGCAGGUCAAACCUGCUCUGCUAUCUCUCUGUUACAGCUUUGUUCUUUUUAGUGAUGUAGUGAAUGUAUUAUUCACCUUCUGCAGCAUUUCCUGUUGUUUGAACACUGUAUCAACAAAAUGACUGAAUCAAGUUUGUUUUCUAUAUUUGAGACGUUGAUGUCGACUUCAUUUCUGUAUAAAUGAAGAGACAGGCCAGUCUGUGGCGUUUUCUAGAAGCACUGUGAUGUUCUUGAAUGGGCAUGGAAGAUCUCAUCUCAUUAAAAAAUGACUUAUUGGAACACUGA